AUGAAGUUGGCACCAAGAGAAAUUGAAAAAUUGAUGCUCCAUAAUGCUGGAUACCUUGCGCAGAAGCGUUUGGUUCGUGGCAUAAGGCUCAAUUACACUGAAGCUGUUGCUCUUAUAGCUACUCAGAUUUUGGAGUUCGUACGCGAUGGUAACAAUAGCGCGGCUGAGUUGAUGGACCUUGGCAGGCAGUUUCUGGGAAGGAGACAAGUUCUUCCAGCUGUUCCUCAUCUGUUGUAUACAGUCCAGGUCGAAGGUACCUUUCCUGAUGGGACGAAGUUAAUCACAGUUCAUGAUCCAAUAGCACUUGAAAAUGGAAAUCUGGAGCUAGCUUUACAUGGUUCUUUUCUCCCAGUUCCUUCAUUAGACAAGUUUCCCACAGUUGAAGACAGUAAAGUUCCUGGUGAAAUAAUAUGUCGAAGUGGACAUAUUACACUUAACUAUGGAAGGAAAGCAAUAAUUCUGAAAGUAGCUAACACGGGUGACAGGCCGAUUCAGGUUGGGAGCCACUAUCCCUUUAUUGAGGUGAACCCAUUCUUGGUUUUUGACAGAAGGAGAGCAUAUGGCACGCGGCUAAAUAUCCCGGCAGGGACGGCAACACGCUUUGAGCCAGGGGAAGCAAAAAGUGUUACUCUUGUCAGGAUUGGAGGCAAACAGGUUAUUCGGGGAGGAAAUGGAAUUGUUGAUGGCUCAGUAGAUGAUGCUAAAAUCACAUCAGUGAUGGAAGCUGUACAUAAAGGGGGAUUUGGUGUUGCUGAGGAAAAUACAAGUUGCAGAGAAGGUGUCAUUGAAGAAGGGUCUGCUUUAUCUUAUGUGCUAUCUCAUGAAACCUAUGCUAAUAUGUAUGGCCCCUCCACUGGUGACAAAAUUCGUCUUGGGGACACAGAUUUAUUAGCAGAAAUUGAAAGAGAUUUUGCUGUUUAUGGGGAUGAGUGUGUAUUUGGUGGUGGAAAAGUACUAAGAGAUGGAUCGGGACAGUGUUGUGCAUAUCCAUCAUGUGACUGUUUGGACACCAUCAUAACAAAUGCUGUUAUCAUUGACUAUACUGGAAUAUUUAAAGCAGAUAUUGGCAUAAAAAAUGGUCUUAUUACGGCCUUUGGAAAAGCUGGCAACCCAGAUGUGAUGGAUGGAGUAGUAUACGACUUGAUUGUUGGAGUAAAUACUGAGGUUAUUGCUGGAGAAGGGAUGAUUGUAACAGCAGGAGCCAUAGAUUGUCAUGUGCAUUUUAUAUGUCCUCAAUUAGCACGCGAGGCAAUAUCAAGUGGCAUCACUACAUUGGUGGGAGGUGGCACUGGACCUGCAGAUGGGACACGUGCAACUACUUGUACUCCUGCACCACAGCACAUGAAACUAAUGUUGCAAUCAACAGAUGAAAUGCCCCUCAAUUUCGGUUUCACAGGAAAAGGGAAUACUGCCAAAGCAGAUGGCCUGCAUGAAAUAAUCAAGGCCGGAGCAAUGGGGCUGAAGCUUCAUGAGGACUGGGGAACUACUCCAGCUGCAAUAGACAAUUGUUUGACUGUUGCUGAAGAAUAUGACAUUCAAGUUAAUAUCCAUACAGAUACCUUGAAUGAAUCUGGAUUUGUGGAGCAUACAAUUGCCUCAUUUAAAGAUAGAACGAUUCAUACUUAUCACAGUGAAGGUGCAGGUGGUGGUCAUGCUCCAGAUAUUAUUAAAGUUUGCGGUGUAAAGAAUGUCCUCCCAUCUUCAACUAAUCCAACGCGUCCUUACACUAUAAAUACUGUAGAUGAGCACCUUGACAUGCUUAUGGUCUGCCAUCACCUUGACAAGGACAUUAAAGAGGAUGUAGCUUUUGCCGAGUCACGGAUUCGGGCUGAAACAAUAGCAGCAGAAGACAUUUUGCAUGAUAUGGGGGCAAUAAGUAUCAUAGCUUCUGAUUCACAGGCUAUGGGACGCAUUGCUGAGGUGAUUACAAGAACUUGGCAGACUGCCCAUAAGAUGAAGCUAUUCAGAGGAACCCAUGGAAGCAAUGCAGAAAAUGACAAUUUGCGGAUCAAGAGAUACAUUGCAAAGUACACAAUUAAUCCUGCAAUAGCUAAUGGGUUUUCUCAGUAUGUUGGAUCAGUUGAGGUGGGCAAGUUGGCUGAUCUUGUUAUGUGGAAACCGUCAUUUUUUGGGGCUAAACCAGAAAUGGUGAUCAAGGGUGGAACAAUAGCAUGGUCUAAUAUGGGCGAUCCAAAUGCUAGCAUCCCGACUCCCGAGCCUGUGGUGAUGAGGCCUAUGUUUGGAGCAUUUGGCAAGGCUGGGAGUUCUAAUUCAAUCGCUUUUGUUAGCAAGGCAGCUCUGGAUUCUGGGGUGAAAGAACUUUAUGGACUCAACAAGAGAGUGGAAGCUGUAAGCAAUGUGAGGAAGCUCUCAAAGCUCGACAUGAAACUCAAUGAUGCCCUUCCCAAAAUCACAGUGGAUCCAGAGACGUACACAGUGAUUGCAGAUGGAGAGGUUCUUACCUGCCCAGCGGCUUCUACAGUUCCACUUUCACUGGGUGUCGUUAUAGCGUUGGGGGUUGCCGGUGAAACUGUAGUGUUGUAUGGUGAAGUAGUGGUUCUUGACGAUGUCGUCGUGGUUGCUCCGCCUCCAACUAUGGCUGCAAUGUUGACUUGA